AAAAGAGAUCCGAAAUCAUGCCCAAUUAUCCAUAUUGAUCGAUUCAGAAAUUCUAGAGGACCAAAGAAAAGCAAUGCAAUCCUUUCGACUUCUUACUAUCGUUCAAUGUCACAACAACCUACUUUGCUUCUUAGGUAUAUUUUUUACACAGAUUGAGUAAAUUAGUUUUAUUUAAAAUACUUUAUUUGUUCCGAUACGUAUUCUUUAUUUUGACAUUUGCUCGUGACAAUUUCUCCGGUGUAUAGUACACGCUAGUUUUCACAGCACACCCGCGUUAUUCUAUACCCAUCAAUUUAAUAUGUUCGUGCAAUGUUGCUUCAGGUAUCUAUAUAAUUCUGUUUUCAGAUUUGAGUGACAGGGCUAGACAGUCGUUCUCCGCUCUUACAGCCCAACGUCGUCGUUUUGACAGGCGAACCUGAGUCCUGAAUACCGAUAAUUCCGAUCGGUAGAAAAGAGAGAAGCUGUGUUCCGGUCUCUGAUUGGAUAACCAUUAAUCACGUGAGUGAUGGGGAAUAGAACAGUGGCAAUGGAUUGAGGGAUAAUAUGUCAGUUUGUGAACAGAAUGAAAUAAAUUUUGGCAAUCGAGACAUGCAGAAAACAGGCUUCUAUUAUAGCCAACAACAACCGUUUAAUUCUUAUUAUCCGUCAGAAAAUGGAUAUUGUUAUGAAAAUAUUCCAGCGAACGGUGGAAGUUACGGGGAGCCGAGUCCCUCGCCCCCGGGCGGAGAUUACUUUCCCCAGGGGCAGUGUAAUAUACCCCCGGGCAGCAAUGCUGCUCCGAAUGGUGACUUAAGUCCGAGUCGGUACGUGGAUCAGUAUUCUUCGAGAUGUUUACAAAACAUGAAUUGUAACCAAAAUUUGGACUCAACAAGUCCAACGAAUGGUGUUAUGAAAAAGGAAAUAUACCCGUGGAUGAAAGAGUCUCGACAGAACACUAAACGACAACAACAACAACAACAAUCGCAGCAACAGACGCAACAACAACAGCAACAGCCACAACAACCGCCUCAAAACUCACAACAACAACAAAAUCUUGGAGAACCGACAAAACGAGCUAGGACUGCAUAUACAAGUGCCCAGCUUGUUGAACUAGAAAAAGAAUUUCACUUCAAUAGAUAUUUAUGCCGACCACGACGGAUUGAAAUGGCGGCUCUUCUCAACCUUACAGAGCGACAAAUAAAAAUAUGGUUUCAGAAUCGGCGUAUGAAGUAUAAAAAGGAGCAACGACAGAAGCACUCUGACAAAGGCCUCGGAAAGCUUGACGGGUGUCUCUCGGGUGAUAGUGAUAGCGAGGAAUCUUAUUCUGGGGGUCAGGACUCACUUAGUGACUGUGGUGGCAAUAAACCCCAGCCCGGUGGUGGCAGCCCGGAUCCUAUUGGCCGACACCCGUUACCGCCAGGACACAUGGCGUCACCACAUCCUCAAACGCCGAGUCCAGGACAGAGAUCUCAUGCGCAAAAUGCGACAAUGCCCCCUCAUCCUUAUUCGUCCCAUUCAGACAUGUAUUCUCAACAACCGCCGCCGCAGUCAAGUCCCACGUGCCUAAAGCAGUCAGUGUCUCCCGUGCCCCAACAACAUCACGGAAAUAGCAUUAAUAUGCCAAUGAACUGUAUGAAUAACAUGCAUAAUAUGGAAAUGGGUCGGUAUAAUUCCCAUCCUAAUGUUCCAAAUCACUACAUACAUAUGAACCAAAACUCUCACGGGGGUUUUAAUGGCGGCCAUCCUUAUAUGGCGCACAUGAACUCAUAUUCAAUGUACCCGGAUGUAAAUGGUGGUCACGAAGACCCGGAUCAAGGUCAAAUGACAUCCGGUCACAUGAUAGGAGGACCGGGGAUGCCUUGUGGUGUGGGUGGGGGAAUGAACGGGUAUCAUCAGGGACCCUACGAUUAUAUACCUAAAUUGACUCAUUUAUAAUUAUUUAGCACGGCUCUCUUAUAUAUAGGUACUUAUAUAAAUUCGUUGUUUUUGUUUAUUUGAAACAAAAGUAAGUUGUACACUGUACUAUUUAUAGAUUUGAAGGAAGUAGGCUAUGACGUAAAUGGAUUCUUCGUUCGAACAGACGAUGACCUGUUUUUCUUUAAUUGUUGGGGGAAUAAAAUGUCUGUUGAAUAUACUUUACAGAAAUCAUGUGGCUAAAAUAGUGAUUGUUUUUAAUUUUAACAAAUAAUUUGAUAUGUUCCAGAAUUUAAAAAAAAGAGUCUUUAGAACUAUUAACUAAGGUAUAGGUAUAAAAAGAUGAAUUGCUAUUAAAGAAAAUAGUAAAAAUUUUUUCUGUCAUUAAAUGAAAUGUUCUUAAGAAAAAGAAGUUGUGCAGAACAUAUUUUCGUUAAAGCGAUGCAUAUUUAUUUCAUGUAACUAAUCAUGCGUAUCGAUUUAUUUAUUACUAAGAAAUGCACCAGUUGCAGCUCAUGAAUAUUUUACAUGCAUUUGUCUUUGUUUAUUUGUUAAUUGCAAUUUUAGUGCAUUUUUGUAGCAGUGUUGAUUAUAGUGCUAAUUUUGAUAAUAGUUAUUUUGAAUAGGGUAUAAUUUGAAUUAGUGACGUCAUCGGUAGUGAGGGGUCAUAUGGUUGUAUGAUAUUUUUUCUAUAUAUUGUUUAUUUCUUGACAUUCGUAUACCUUAGAAUAACGAGAAAAAGGUAGAAAAGAUAUAUUUUUCAUCAUGCAUUUAAAAUCUAAAAUUUGUCAUUAUUUCUUAAUAUAAUGAAACGACUGCUCCUUAAAAAUGGAUUUCUUACAAUUUUAAAAUAAUUGUCUUGAGUAUGUACCCUUAAGUCUGUGCCAAGAGUAUGCUAUUUGUAGAACAUACCUUACAUUUUAAAUGCAUAUUUUAUUUUAAAACAUGUGUUAUUUUACUUAACUUUGUUUACUUUUACCGAAUGAACGGACAAUAAAAAUAGUUGUUUUAAACUACAACAAACCUUUUUUAAAAAAUAUCUGGCCUUAACUGCAAGUCUAUCAAUCAGGGUGAUUGAGGAGCUUGGUCUUCGUUCUGAUCCGUGUUGGCAAAAUGCUUGAAUAACUGUAAAAUUGAUUGACAAAGUUGAUAUUUUGACGUUUACGUUAUAUUGUUUACAUUCGUGAAAGAAUAAGAAAUAUUGUUUUGUUUAAACAAACCUGAUAAUGUAAAUUCCACAGAAAAUAAACAAAUGUUUCGUAUUUUCUUGAGCAUAUGGACAUAUUAAUACGGUACAUUCACUGCACCGUCUGUCCGUCUGCGAUUUUAAACAUACAUUGUUCAUGUUUUAGGUAAUUAUAUUGUGAAAAGGCAGUCUAUGUGUAUGCCUGUUUGAUUUUUUUUUCUUGAUAAAAGACAAAAUUUUAACUGAAGCAGCAUCGUUUUUACUGAUAUGGCUAGUUGGCAAUUUUCUUGAAACUUUAAUUCUGUCGAUUUCUUACAAUAAAUCUGAAUAUUAUUAACAGUAUCGUUACAAUGUUUCUUUAUUUACAAGCUGUGCUAAGUAAACUAGAAGCUUUUGAUUAAGGUUGAAAAUUUAAGCUUAAUUCUGAGUUUGUGUAUUUGAAGAGCGAAAUUACCUCUCAGAUACUUUGAAAUGUUUCUAAACACUGGGUUUUUUCGUAACACAACAUUAGUUCUCUGUCUUCUAACAAAAACGCUUCCAGACGCACGUGAAAGCCGCACGGGUGAGUGGAUGUUUGUGUUCCAUUCACUUUCAGAGGAUAUAUUUACCGUGCUUUAUUGUAUAUAUAAAAUCAGAAACAAUCUCUGGUUAUCAAUAGACUUGUAUUUAACGCCAUAGAUAGUACAUGUGUUGAAAUAAUGGAAUUAAGGGUUAUUCGGUGUAAAAUGUCGUCUGCUCACUGUGUGCACGCGCGAGAUAAAAGUGAGUUUCCCUACGUAACGAGAAUUCAAGUUGUGAUUUUUUGUAUUAAUUGUUCUUUUGUAUAAUGUGACGUCAAAAAUAACCCCUCAAGUUCCUGUAGUUAUUCCCAUAUAAAUGAAAAAAUCUUAUUGUACAUGUCUUGUUACUUGUAUUCAUUGUAUGUUAUUUUCUCGCAGUUUCUCGCACUUUAUGAGCUAAAAUGUAUAAUUUUGAAAUAUUUCUUUUAUUAUAUAUGUACUUAAGAAAAUGUAACGGAUUUGACAUAUUGCAUCAAUCUGUUCUUUCUUUUAAAUAAACUCCAGUGGCAUUUUACCCACUCGCCGCGAAGGCUGAAGUUCUGUGAAGAUAGGUGUGUACGCCCGUACAUGAGGCGUAUAAUAAGUCCGAGAUAAGAUGAUUUUGUUACGCCAUAUAAAUCUGCCAUUGUCAGUCAUCAAACAAUGACUGUAAUCUGCCACAUGGUUCUCUUACUCUCUCUUUCUUAGCGUUGUUCCCUUCUCUUCAAUGCUAUACAGCAAUCAUGUCUUGCCAAGGUCACCAGUAAAAAGCAAGGCCAGCAUGCACUUUUGUUCAGAUUACCUAGACUCUUUAUUGUUGACUUUUUAUGUGUAGAUUUUUUAGACUGAAAUCCCUAAAACUUUCAGUAGGCUGUUCCUAAUUUAAAGCAGGACAAGGUCAUUUCAUAAAAGGGGGAUAAGAGGGUGAAACCUUUUUACGAAUUAGCAAAACUCAUAGAGUUUCUGAAUUAUAGUUCCGAUGUAGUAAAUUUCGACGAAAAUUGUUAUUUGGAAAAACAGAUCUUAAACUACUGUUUAAGCUGUUAGAUUAUAAGAAACACACUUUUCUACAAAUGGGAUUAUAUGAAUAUAUGUUCUUUUAUAUAAGUACGGUUUUGUUUAAGUAUAUAUCUUAGAUAUAUAUUAAAAUGUUUACAAUGUUUCAUUUAAAUACAUGAAGCUUAUUUGUUAAUACAUCAGUUUUAGUACAAACAUUUGUUUAAGAACUUCGUUUUAAAUAUUUCUAUAUAUAUAAUUCAUGCUCUGAUAGCAGAUGAAUAGAUGCGGAAUUUCAGUAGUGUAUAGUAUAUAUGAACAAAAAUAAUGGAAAAACAUGAAAGCAUGUUUCUUUAAAGUUAUUUUGGUUUAUGUAGAAACGAAUGCUAAAAUUUGAUUCUGACCUCAUGUUCUACAAGAUAUAUUUAAGACUGGCGUCACGAAUUUUGGAAAGUUUGUUGAUUUAAUGAACUCAAUUUCUAAAUACAUCUGUAGCUAUUUAGAUAUGUUAGUAUAUUUUCCAGGGUAAUUUAUUUUGUUAUUUUUUAUUAUAUAGAUAGAUUGUACAUGUAGAUUUGCAAAUGACUGAUGAAUAUGUCUAAAACUUUGUUUAAAGAAAUUACUUGUCUACAUAUAUAUUCAAAUUAAAUCAUUGAAAUCCGUGACGUUUUACAUUUUUGUUGUUAAAUUUGUUUUUAUCUGAUAAUUCUAUUUUAUUCCUAGAAUGUUUCUAAAUUUUCGUUCUUCCUUAUAAGAUUGUAUCAUUAUCUACCAUUGUAAUGCCAAACCAAACUUUCAAAUCGCACGAAUUUUAAUAACAUUGUUAACUUACGUCAAUGAACUUAUUUUAAGUUCAUAUUAUCCUGAUUAGCAAUUUAUCUACGUAUUAUUUUAAGUUACUUGCAUCUCCAAGUUAUAUUUACAAUAAUUUUGACAGAGGGAGUAAAUAAUAUCAGCAAAGUAAAAUUGAGUAGUUCUUUGAAUUUUACAUAACUGUUUAUGUUUAUUUUGGUAUUUGACACAUUUUGUUUAUAUUUUAGGAUCACUGCUUAUGGUUAUAUUCGAAAUAAUAGAUUACUCUAAAAAAUGAUCAUAUAUCCGAAUGUUGUUCUUACCCGAAAUAAAGUCAAUACCGGAUAAUGAUCGCAUCUGAAAAAUUGUUGCGUCCGAACAAUGAUCAUAUCCGAAAAUUCGACAUAAAUUAAUAUAGAUUCAGAAUCAUUGUAUCCGGGCUGUAUGAACGAAUUUUCUUUUUAAUAAUAUAUUAACGGCUGAUAUGCGAAACUCUUUAUAUUAUGCACCAGAUCAACGCAAUAAUGUUAAACUGAAAAACAAUAAUAGUUCAAUGUGAACGCAGUGAUUUUCGAUUUUAUGUUAUCCCAUCUUUUUGUGUUGUUAAAAUACCAAAGUAAACACCUUAUGUUUAUUAUAAAAUUGUCUACAUUUUUAUAUAUUACUUUCAUUGUUUAUCAUUUACAUUUAUAAUAUGUUUAAACGGUUAUAACGUAUGAAUGUUUUAUUAAAAAUAUGUUAAAAAACUUUCCUUGAAGUUGAAUUAUGUAUAUUGCAAUGAGUGUUAUGUUUAAAUGCUAUUAUUUUGCCCACUGAAUAUUCAAAUUACUAGUGUGUAAAUAUAAAGUAUUGGUCAUGUGAAAAGUCACGUGAAAGGUCAUGCACGUGUGUUUUUGACUUUUCACAUAUUGUUAAUUGUAAUAAACGUAAUAAAUUGACCUUGAAAAAGCAAA